AUGGGCGAGUUUGCUGGAACUUUUCUGUUCUUGUUCUUUGCCUUCAGCGGUACACAGGUCGCCAAUACUCCUCAGACCACUUCUGGUAAUACCAGCACAAAUCUUCCUCAAGGUCCAAAUCCUAUCGCGCUACUCUAUAUCAGCCUAUGCUUCGGUUUCUCCCUGGCGGCCAACGCCUGGGUAUUCUUUCGAGUCUCUGGUGGUCUGUUCAACCCUGCGGUCACAUUUGGGCUAUGUUUGAUUGGGGCUUUACCACUCACCCGCGGUGCAUUGGUUUUUAUUGCCCAAAUGUUCGGUGCGAUGGCUUCGGCAGGUGUCGUCAAGGCACUUUUCCCUGGCCCACUCGCCGUUACGACUUCUCUAGGUGGUGGAACAAAUCUGGCCCAGGGAGUAUUCAUUGAAAUGUUUCUCACCGCUCAGUUGGUAUUUACAAUCAUCAUGCUGGCAGCAGAGAAGCACAAAGGAACAUUUCUCGCCCCUGUUGGCAUAGGACUGUCCCUAUUCAUUGCAGAGCUGUCAGGUGUCUAUUACACGGGCGGAUCCCUCAAUCCAGCUCGAAGCUUUGGCCCAUGCGUUGCCAACCGUGAUUUCCCGAGCGAGCACUGGAUCUAUUGGGUUGGCCCAUUGAUGGGUGCGGCCCUAGCAUCAGGCUUUUUCUGGAUUAUCAAGAGCUGCGAAUACCAAACCGCAAACCCUGGCCAAGACUUCGACGACCUUGAAGCGAGUGCCUUCAACCCCGAAGAAUCUCUCACCCGCCCGGUGGUGAUGCCCAACGCGAUCAUUGAUCGGCCAAUGUCCAGUGACCGAGGCUCUCGGCCCUCUGGGGACGAUCCUGCCAGCUCCUUGCUGGCGCGACUUCAAUCCGGUGACCGUUCAGUGCUUCGUCAAGAUUCCCGGGAAGCUCGAGCGGACGGUGUACAACGUGGCCAACAGUCUGAUGGCACCGGUAGCAAGACAUACGUCUCUGAGAAGGAUGGUUCAACAGACAACAGCAAUAUUCACCACAAGACAACCAUUGACCCAUAA